AUGGCGGUGGUUUUUGGUUCGAGGUCAUCUGCUCGUCUGAAGUCUAUAGGUAUUAUCAAAAGCACCUUGAAGUCCAAGAAGGUGUCCUUGUCCAAGAUAGAGGUGGUGGACCUGAGCAGUGCUUCUGAUGUCUUUGAGUCUGUAGCUUUGGCAGAGGCUCUAAUGCUAGAAGAAGCUUACUUCGGAUCUUGUGUUAAAGAUCAUACACCCUUGAUGUUGGUUGCUAAAGUUGUUACUGGUGGUCCAAAACCUUUUCAUCUUGAAAUUGGUUGGUUGGAAAAGAAAGAGGUUGUAGACCUCAUUUGUCACUCUUGGGAAAAUACCGUUUCUGUGGGAUCUGUUGACUUUCAGUUGCAUAAGAAGCUUUUAGAGAUUAAGAAAAAACUGAUUGGGUGGAAGAAGGAGAGUAGAUAUGUUGUUAAAACCAAAAUUGAUGAGGUUCUAUUAGAUAUAAAAAUGUUGGAUCUUAAUAUUCAGCAAGAGGGUGUUUUGACAGAAGAGAUGAGCAUGAAAAGGAACUCUAAACAUACGUUUCUUUUUUACUUAAAAAGAUUGGAAGACAUUUAUUGGAAGCAACGGUCUAGGAUGAAGGGAUUGAAAGAGGGUGAUCGUAAUACUAAGUUCUUUCAUGCUAUUGCUAAUGCCCGCAAGAGACAAAAUGAUAUCUCGAGCAUCACCAUCCCGGGUGUUGACCUUGAUGAUAGUCUAGCGAUGGAGAGGGCAGUAGUUGACCACUUCAAGAAGGCUUUUAACUUAGAUGUGUCUUUUACCCAGAAGUUAAACAUGGUACCUUUCAAAUGCCUUACACUUAGACAUGUUGCUCAGCUCGAGGUUGAGGUAAUAGUGGAGGAACUAAAAAGAGCCAUUUUUGAUUUACUAGGUGAUAAGGCACCGAGCCCUAAUGGAUUUCCAUUAGUCUUUUUUCUAGAAGUUUUGGAGUUUGACUUACUUGAGCUUGCUUGA